UUGAAAAUUGUAAAUGAUUGUACCAAAGCCGACAGCUUUAUCGUUUUUAUGACCAAACUGCGUGGAGUGGGCACAAUCUUCUGUGAAGACAGUUCAUUUCUGAGCUUUUGGCUUGAUCUGAGAUAUGAAGGAGAACGGAGAGAGAAGAGAAAGCUUAGUUUUUGCUGUGAAUGGGGAGAGGUUUGAGCUCUCAAGCGUUGACCCAUCAACCACUUUGCUUGAGUUCUUGCGUACUCAGACUCCAUUCAAGAGCGUCAAGCUUGGCUGUGGCGAAGGUGGUUGUGGUGCUUGUCUUGUUUUAAUAUCCAAAUACAAUCAUGUGCUCGAUCAAGUUGAGGAUUUCACAGCAAGUUCAUGUCUCACACUACUUUGCAGCAUACAUGGAUGCUCUAUAACCACAAGUGAAGGCCUUGGAAACAGUAAAGAUGGCUUCCAUCCAAUUCAUGAAAGAAUUGCAGGAUUCCAUGCUACUCAAUGUGGAUUUUGCACUCCUGGAAUGUGUGUGUCUCUUUUUGGGACUCUUGUCAAUGCUGAAAAGACCAAUUGUCCGGAGCCUCCUUCAGGUUUCUCGAAAGCCACUGCUGCUGAGGCUGAAAGGGCCAUUUCUGGGAAUCUUUGUCGCUGUACUGGGUAUCGACCGCUUUCUGAUGCUUGCAAAAGUUUUGGUGCUGAUGUUGAUAUGGAGGAUUUGGGCUUAAACUCUUUCUGGAGAAAAGGAGAAAGUGAUGAUGUCAAGAUAAGUAGGUUGCCUAACUAUAAUCAUCACCACAAGAAGAGUAAAUUUCCUGAGUUUUUGAAGGAGAUCAAGCCUGAUGUGUUCAUGGCUUCUAAAAAACAUAGUUGGCUCAGUCCUACUAGUCUGAAAGAGCUUCAAGGCUUAUUGGAACCAAACAAUAGUGCUAGAACUAGGAUAAAGCUUGUUGUUAGUAAUACAGGAAUGGGUUAUUACAAAGAUACAGAAAGUUAUGACAAGUAUAUUAAUCUGAAGGGAAUUUCUGAGCUCUCAAAGAUCAAAAGGGAUGAGACAGGGAUUGAAAUUGGAGCAGCAGUGACUAUAUUUAAGGCAAUUGAAGCUUUAAAGCCAAAAAGCCAAUGUGAAUUUCUCUCUGAUUUUGAUACUAUACUUGAAAAAAUUGCUGAUCAUCUGAGCAAAAUAGCCUCUGGGUUUAUAAGGAACACAGCUAGUGUAGGUGGCAAUCUAGUGAUGGCUCAGAAGUAUCAUUUCCCGUCUGAUAUAGCUACAGUACUUCUUGCUGUGGAUGCUAAGGUUCAUAUAAUGACUGGCACAAAAUUUGAAUGGCUUACAUUGCAAGAGUUUCUAGAAAGGCCACCAUUAGGACUGCAAAGUGUGCUUUUAAGCAUUAAAAUCCCAUACUGGAAAUCCAGCAACAGUGCUUCACCAAAACAUGGAAGUAAAAUUUUCUUUGAGACUUUUCGAGCUGCUCCUCGACCACUGGGAAAUGCAUUGCCUUAUUUAAAUGCAGCUUUCUUUUUUGAGGUUUCUUCCAGUAAAGAUUUUGAAGGAACUGUGAGGAUAGAUAACUGCAGGCUUUGUUUUGGUGCUUAUGGCGUUAAACAUGCAGUUAGAGCUACCAAAGUUGAGGAACUACUGAUAGGAAAGUUGUUAAAUCUUGGAAUUGUAUAUGAAGCCGUCAACUUGCUUACAGCUAUUGUAGUACCUGAAGAUGGAACUUCAAAGAUUGCUUAUUGCUCAAGCUUGGCAAUUGGUUUUCUCUACAAGUUCUUAAGUCCUUUGAUUUAUGACUAUUCUAUUGAAAAACUUACUAAUGACUCAAAUAGGUAUACUGGUUCAUCAGUCAAGAAGAUAUUUGACUUAAAAGAGAAUAAUGGGAAAGUUCAUUAUGAUAAAGUUCCUGCUUUACUAUCAUCAGGCAAACAAGAGAUUCAAGUAGGUGAUGAGUAUCGUCCCAUUGGUGAGCCAGUUACAAAAGCAGGAGCCGCAUUACAAGCUUCAGGUGAGGCUGUGUAUGUGGACGACAUUCCUUCACCAACAAAUUGCCUGCAUGGAGCAUAUAUUUACAGUACAAAACCUUUAGCAAGGGUAAAGAGUAUAGAGCUCAAAAAACUAGAUGGAGUUAGGGCAAUUAUUUCAAGUAAAGACAUCCCUAGUGGUGGAGAAAAUGUAGGGUCUAUUUCUGCAUUUGGUAUUGAUCCUUUAUUUGCAGAUGAGGUUGCUAGAUGCAUUGGUGAUCGUAUUGCCUUUGUGGUUGCAGAUACUCAAAAACUUGCAGAUAUGGCUGCAAACUCUGCCGUUGUUGAGUAUGAUUGUGAGAAUCUUGAAAAACCUAUUCUAUCUGUUGAAGAGGCUGUUGAAAGAUCUAGUCUUUUUGAACUUCCUCCUACGCUCUAUCAGCAACAAGUUGGUGAUAUAACAGAAGGAAUGGCUGAAGCAGACCAUAAGAUUCUUUCUAGUGAGAUCAAACUUGGGUCUCAAUACUACUUCUAUAUGGAGACACCAGCUGCACUUGCUAUACCAGAUGAAGACAAUUGCUUGACAGUUUAUGCUUCAAGUCAAGGGCCCGAGUGUAUACAUUCUACUGUUGCCAGAUGCUUAAAUAUUCCUGAGCAUAAUGUUCGUGCAAUCACAAGAAGGGUUGGUGGUGGUUUUGGUGGAAAGUUUACAAAAGCCCAUCCUAUUGCUACAACAUGUGCCCUUGCAGCGCACAAAUUACACCGCCCUGUCAGGAUAUAUAUGAAUCGUAAGACAGAUAUGAUAAUGGCAGGAGGAAGGCAUCCUAUAAAGAUAACUUACAAUGUGGGAUUUAAAAGCAAUGGGAAGAUUACUGCUUUGGACCUUAAGAUAUUGAUAGAUGCAGGGAUAUAUCAGGAUGUAUCUAUAAUAAUGCCAGAUGCUGUAAUUAGUGCACUUAAGAAAUAUGAUUGGGGUGUUCUAUCUUUUGAUUUGAAAUUAUGCAGAACCAAUCUUCCUAGCAGAUCUGCAAUGAGAGCCCCUGGGGAUCUUCAAGGUUCAUAUAUUGCUGAAGCUAUAAUAGAACAUGUGGCAUCUACACUUUCAAUAGAUGUAGAUUCUAUGAGAAGCAUUAAUUUUCACACAUACAAAAGUCUUUCUACUUUCUACAGGAAUUCUGCAGGUGAACCCAUUGACUAUACCUUGGCAUCAAUAUGGAAUAAACUAGCUGUUUCUACAAGAUUUAAUCAAAGAAGUGAAACUGUGAAAGAGUUUAACAAGAACAACAUUUGGAAGAAAAGAGGUAUAUCUCGUAUACCUGCUGUGUAUCAGGUAGGAGUAAGACAAGCACCAGGAAGAACAAGCAUUUUAAAGGAUGGGUCUGUGGCUGUUGAAGUUGGAGGGAUUGAAAUAGGUCAAGGUCUUUGGACCAAGGUAAAGCAAAUGGCUGCAUAUUCUCUGGGUUUGAUCCAUUGUGAUGGAUCUCAAGACCUAUUGGACAAAAUACGUGUCAUGCAAUCUGAUACAUUGACCUUGAUCCAAGGAGGGAUCACUGGUGGUAGUACAACAUCAGAGUCAAGUUGUGAAGCAAUUAGGCUUAGUUGCAAUGUCUUGGUCGAAAGGUUAAAGCCACUCAAAGAAAAGUUGCAGAACGAUAUGGGUUCUGUCAAUUGGAAGACACUUAUUUCUCAGGCACAUUUACAAGGUGUGAACUUAUCAGCAACUUCAUUUUAUUACCCUGACGUUACCACCAACAUGUACCUCAAUUAUGGUGUUGCAGUGAGUGAGGUGGAAAUUGAUCUUCUCACAGGAGAAACCACUAUUAUGCAAACAGAUAUUAUUUAUGAUUGUGGAAGGAGUCUCAACCCUGCUGUAGAUUUAGGACAGAUUGAAGGAGCAUUUGUGCAAGGGUUAGGGUUUUUCAUGCUUGAAGAGUACGAAACAAAUCAUGAAGGGUUAGCGUUAGCAGAUGGAACAUGGAAUUACAAAAUUCCCACUUUGGACACAAUACCUAAACAGUUCAAUGUUGAAAUUGUUAAUGGUGGACAUCACAAGCAUCGCGUUCUCUCUUCUAAAGCUUCCGGCGAGCCGCCGCUACUUCUAGCAGCCGUGGUUCACUGUGCAACAAGAGCAGCAAUCAAAGAAGCCAGAAAACAACUUGGUUCAUGGAGCAACUCAAGUGAACUUGACAAACCAUUCCAAUUGGAUGUACCAGCAACCAUGCCUGUGGUGAAAGAACUUUGCGGAUUGGACGUUGUGGAAAGAUACUUGAAGUGGAAAAUGGCCAAAAUGUGAAGGAGUUUAUUAAUAUCUUCAAAAUAAAUUAGUGUGUUUCAUAUAUUUCCAUGAUGAAAGAAAUAUGUACUACUGGCAAAAUGUUGUGUUUUAUUUUUUUCACUUAUGAAUUAUAUUUUGAAAAAGUUUUUUUUGGCCCACGCCUGUAAUUUCAAAAUAAUUUCAUAUCUUAAGUUAGUCCCAUUAUAUUAAAGAUAUUUGAAAGCUCUGUUUUUCCUCUGU